AUGACCGUGGCUAACCACUUGUUCAGCUUCAUCUACGCUGCUGGCUGGCCGCAACAUCACCAAGCAUCCUCCCGACCUUCCUCCGGCCGAUCCUCCCUUGGCCAUUUUCGUUCCCUGUCGUCCGUUGCCAUCACAACUCAAUCCACGCCGCCCUCUCCAACGUCACAAAAGCCGCGUUUACCUCUCAAAUCACCGUCCACCCCACAGUUGCCCGUCAUUCCUCUCGCAACCUCCUAUUCCGCACCGACCCUUAACGAUGAGAUGAGCACCCUGCCGGAUCCGCGGAGUCGCUCCAAAAGCCCGGCCAAUGAUGAAUCCGAGCCGAGUUCUAACCACCAUCCCGACCUCGACGAUGAAGUCGCUACCCUGAGCACGAAACUCAUCAACGCCAUCAACUACCAAACCGUUCUUGACGACACCCUCUCAGCAACCCGUCACGAGCUAUCUACAGCCAAGGAUCGCAUACGAGAAUUGGAGUCUCAGAAUUCUUCUAUGCGGGACACUAUUCGAGGGGAUGUCUGGGUUCGUCGAUCAACCCUCGAGGCAGAGAGGAAGGCAUUGGCCCUGGAAAAGAAAGGCAUGCAAGCCAAGCUAGCAGAAGAAACCGCCCGGCGUCUCGACACUGAGAAAGAGAAGAGGAAAAUUGAGCAAGAACUGGAGAACCUCACCACAGCCCUGUUCGAGGAGGCGAACAAGAUGGUGAUUGGUGCCAAGGAGGAGGCACAAGCCCAACAUGAUGCCCUGCAACGCAAGAUUGACCAGCUCAAGGCCCAGCUGGCUGACUCGGAAGGACUGUUGAAAUCCCAGCAGGAACAACUCUCUGAGCUAAAAAGCGUCAUGGAAACGAUGGCUUCGGAGCACGAGGAACAGACUAACGGCACAGCACCGCCAUCACCAGGUGGCGGCAGAUCUGAUCAUGAAUACGAUGAUCGAGCAGUUCCAUAUGGACCCUAUGCCGCCUCUCCUUCGGCUGAAUCUUUUGCCCCUUGCUCACCCUUGAGCCUGUCGCAUCUUAUCCAACCUGCUUUGCGAACGGAUCUUCCAGCUUUCGAAGAUUUCAUGAGUCUGGCCAGACUAUCCCACAAUAGGUACUCUCCUAGCAGGAUCUCCUCGGGAUCAUUGGGCAGCCUAAAUGCUCUUGCGCUAGGCCUUGGUGGCUCUACAUCAAGUGCCCAUCCUUCCAACGCCUCCACCACGUCUCUAAGCGCUUCCACCCCGGCCGAUAAGAGCGCUCCGCAGUCCCCGAACACUCCGGCGUCAACGGCAAGCGUUGGCUCCAGCGGCAUACCGCUUCCUCCGCUCAAGGAAACUCGAUUUUACAAGCGCGCUUUGACCGAGGACAUUGAGCCGACUCUGCGACUCGAUAUUGCCCCUGGUCUAUCAUGGCUCGCCCGCCGCAACGUGCUAAGCUCCAUUGCAGAGGGGUCCCUGGUUGUCGAACCGAUCCCGGCCAGCGCAACCUGUAAUGGCACUGCCAAGCAACCUCAAAUGCAACCUUGCUCCCUUUGUGGAGAGUCGAGAAAGGACUCGCAGUACCUGCGAAACCACCGAUUCAGGACUAGCGAGGCGGAUACAGCUCAGAGGUAUCCACUGUGCAAUUAUUGUUUGAACCGAGUUCGCUCAACCUGCGACUACCUUGGCUUUCUUCGCAUGGUCAAGGAUGGCCAUUGGCGAGCAGAUGAUGAGGACCAGGAGAAAGCAGCUUGGGAAGAGAGCGUGAGACUAAGAGAUCAAAUGUUUUGGGCACGCAUCGGCGGAGGUGUUAUCCCUGCUGCUCCUAGCCAUGCCGAAGACGAGGUGGGCCAGGACGCCAAGGUCAGUCGUCAGUCGGAGGAGUCCAACGGCGCAUCCCAAAAGGACUUCUCCGAAAAUCAGGUUGUGUGCUCGACGCCAGAGAAUCGCAGCCAUGAGGAAGUUGGCAAAACUGCCACCCUGGAACCCCAUACUCCGCCAGAACAGACCGACGGCGGACGUGCAUUCCGCAUUUCUGUCCAGUCGGCUGACUCGCAUAAAACUGGCGACUCUGCCAGCACCAAACGGCAGUCCGCAGAAUAA